GGGUACUUGGAAGGUCGGGGUCGCGUAAGAAGCACAGCCACGUCGAUUUUCUCUUUCUUGACGACGUCAUGGACUGAUGUGGUUCUCGACAACCAGCAGGCUCAGCGGGCUCCCUCCUGCGCUCCGUGCCUCCAUUGUUAAUCCCCAACUCAUCACGCGCCCGCUAAGAUCAUCUCCUCUGUUGGCUCGGCAUGCCUCCUUCGUACCGGAUUUCUUCAACACUAGCAGGAAGCCCCUUGCCCGUUAUCCUUUCAAUGCACGACGCGCAGCCUGGUGGUUCCUGCCUUUUGCCGGUGGCCUCGCCUUCUACUUGAGACCGGAUAACACCUCCUCCCCAAUACCGACCUUGAUCUCCUCACCAGCGGUGAUCCCAUGUCAACCACAACCGCGCCAGGUUUUCCUUCUCUCGGCGUCCGAAUACGAGUUGACGAUCAGCGCCCGGCUGAGGGCGUUUAUCCGGGAUCGACUAUGGGAGCCUUUCUUGACCGCCGGACGAUUUGUCUAUCUGGUCGUGCUCUUCAUUCCGGUCAUCAUCUCUUGUCCAAUGCUUCUCAUUGGAAGGCCUGAGAAGCGCUUGCGCGGAGAUCGGUGGGGCGCUGUUUGGUGGUACAAUCUACUAGUAACCCAAAUGGAAACAGCCGGCCCGGCAUUCAUCAAGUUGGCUCAAUGGGCGGGGUCCAGAACUGAUCUUUUCCCGUCUUUACUGUGUGAAGGGCUUGGUCGAUUACAUUCGCGCGGGAAAUCCCAUGGCAUAGUUUACACACGGCAGCAGCUUGAGAAGGUUUUCCACCGGCGGUUCAGCGACAUUUUCGAGGAGUUCGAGGAGACACCGAUUGGCACAGGUGCCAUUGCGCAGGUAGAUUCCACAGUUGAGCAAGCAAAACAGUCUCCGAUUAACACUUGUCAGGUUUACCGAGCUGUCCUGCGCAAGGACCUGAUCCCGCCGUCGUUCUUGGGGCCACGGCGACAGCUCACAGGGCCGACUGGCGCGUUGGGACCUGCAAUAUUACAAGAUCCCCCGCCUUCAGCCCCUACUGCCGUAGUCGCUAUCAAAGUCCUUCAUCCCCACGUGCAGAAGACGAUCUCCAGGGAUCUCGCGAUCAUCUCGUUCUUUGCGCAUUUCAUCACUCUGUUCCCUGGAAUGCAGUGGCUGUCUUUGGUCGAAGAAGUCGACGUUUUCGGCCAGAUGAUGCGCCAACAACUUGAUCUGCGGCAUGAGGCUGAAAAUUUGAUCACCUUUGAGAAGAAUUUCUCUUCCAGAAAAGUGCCCAUUGCCUUCCCUCGUCCACUGGUCGACUGGUCGAGCAGCGACGUUCUCGUCGAGGAAUACGAGAAGGCGCUUCCUUUGGAACCCUUUCUAAGACAUGGUGGCGGGCCGUUUGAAGACCAAGUCGCCACUGUGGGACUGGAUGCAUUCUUGAAUAUGUUGCUACUCGACAACUUCGUACAUUCGGACCUCCACCCUGGGAAUAUCAUGAUCAAAUUCGGCAAACCUCCGUCCACCAGUCUUCUCCUACGCAAUAUAUUCAAUUCCUUUUUCCACAGAGCUGAAACUGGACAUGUUCCAGAAGCGCUGGUCUCUGAUUCAGAAUCCGAUCGUGUCGUGUCUGAACUCAUGGAUCUUGCGCACAAUCCUACGGCAUGGCGCGCCAAACUGGACCAACUCGGUGCAGAGGGAUACGUACCCGAGAUCAUUUUCAUCGACGCGGGGCUGGUGACCACAUUGUCCGAAGUCAACCGCAAGAAUUUCCUCGACAUGUUCAGGGCCAUGGCUGAAUUCGACGGCUACCGGACUGGCCAGCUGAUGGUGGAGCGCUGCCGAACUCCGGAACUUGCGAUUGACACAGAGACCUUUGCGCUCAAGAUGCAGCAUCUUGUGCUGAGCGUCAAGCGCAAGACCUUUUCGCUUGGGCAGGUCAAGAUUUCCGAUGUUCUCACAGAGGUGCUGAGAAGCGUGCGGGAGCAUCAUGUCAAGAUGGAGGGCGAUUUCAUCAACACGGUCAUCAGCAUUCUCUUAUUGGAAGGCAUCGGGCGGCAGUUGGAUCCUGGACUCGAUUUGUUCAAGAGUGCUUUGCCUAUACUCCGCACGCUGGGCACUGAGAUGGCGGCGUCCACCACUUUAGAAUCGGAACGGGAAACAGGUAACUUGGGUGCCAUGCUCAAGAUUUGGGUGUCUCUAGAGGCGAGGCAACUCAUCUCUGCAUCGCUCGUUGAUGCUGAUGACUCUGUCAAGUAUGGGUGGCUACUUCCAGGUAUAUAGAUAGAUCGCAGACAUCGUUCAUGCAAUUCACGUCGCUAUGUAUGAUAGAAUGGAUACUCAGCGUCGCACAUAUCAUCGCGCCUGGGCUAUCAGCAACAUGUUUGAGUGGAAGCUGCACUAUAAUCGUACUAGACAGAAGAUAUCAUUUCAUUCCCCAGUCUAGGGAGGAAAACAUGCAUCUUUUUCUUCCCAAUGAUCUAGGUUGGAGCGCGAUUUGUUCUAAAUUACAUUUGUCUCGAAGUGCGUGUCGAUACCAAAAAUUACUCGACCGAUUGGCCGUGCUUCGGUGAGGUCUGAUGAUGUCUGUUUUUCCCGCACAGCAGUUUGAGCUCAGGCUCGUAAGAUUGAUCUUGAAAGCUGUGGCGAGUUUAAGGUUGUUCGAGAUGUCCGAGGCGGUGAUUCGAGUGAGCGGACCUGGUACGUGAUGAUGAUUACCCAAGAGCGGGCCGAUUGACAGUGUUAUGAUCUGCGCACUCGUUCUUGCGCCACCAAGACUCAGACGCACUCUAUGACCCUUACCUAAUGACAGCGGUGAUUCGUCAUGUUUCUGCGUGUUUUGCUCACCCUGAACACGACCCAGUUUCGAACCCUGUCAUUAACGCCGCCCCCCUGCUAUUAUGGCCUUUCGCAUCACCGCCUGGCUGAUUGAUCUGGAAUUCGCUUAUGCGAUCUGCAACUAGCUGCCCGACUCUGCAGAAGGCGACAUUCAGUUAAAACGCGCAAAGAUGCCGGUGACCCUCCAGGCCAACAUCCAGAGAUCUCUUGACAUAACCCCUUUCCUUCCAUGUCUUCCCACAAAAUCGUUAUCGUCGGCGGUGGUGCAGGUGGCGGCGCUCAAGUGGCGCGCUCCGUAGCCUCCCUCCUGCCGACCGCGAAAGUCACACUCAUUAACCCCCUGCCUUAUUCUAUCAUGCGGCCCACACUGGCUCGCAUGACUGUGUCGAACCAGAACGACCUCUUCGAAACUGCCUUGGUGCCUUACGACAAGCUCUACACGACACCCAAUGGCUCUUUUGUCGAGGGCAUCGUGGAAACCAUCCGGCCCGCAAGGAAGGGCGGCGAAGUUAUUCUUGCGGAUGGAAAGACGAUCUCGUACGACGUGCUCGUGCUGGCCCCUGGCUCUGUCUGGGAAGGCCCCCUGGAGUUCCCCACCCAAGCCUCUGAGGUCGCUCCUUUCGUGGCGGAAUCACGCUCGCGCUUCAAGAACGCAGAGCAGAUCGUGCUUGCAGGCGGUGGCUCUGUUGCCGUCGAGUUCGCCGGUGAAAUCAAGGAUAUCUGGCCUAGUAAAGGAGUGACUAUCGUGCACAGCGGAGACGCGCUCUUGAACAGCGCCUACUCUCAACGCUUCCGCAAGGGUCUCGAGAAAGAUGUGGUAGCCAGAGGCGUCAAGCUCGUUCUCAACGACUACGUUGAUGAUAUUCCUGCACCGGGCUCCGGUAAUAUCCGAACUCGGAAUGGAAAAACGAUCCAGGCCGACCUAGUGAUUAGCACUCGCGGUCCCCGGCCCCGCACGGAGUUCGUUUCCAAGUCGCUUGGAUCGGACAGUGUCGAUGAGCGUGGCCAGAUCAAGGUCAAGCCGACUUUGCAGCUGAACAACCACGCGGAUAUCUUCGCCCUUGGGGACGCCAUCAACAUCGCCGAGCAAAAGCAGGUCGUCAAGGCCACCGCACACGCUGCUAUCAUCUCCGCCAACAUUGUUGCUUACCUGAAUGGCAAGACGCUGAAGCCAUACAAAGGCUCGCCGGAGAUGAUCCUUGUGACCAACGGCAAAAAUGGUGGGAAGGCCUACUUGUCUGUUUUGGGGGGAACUAUUCUCGGCGCUUGGUUUGUUCGCAUGGUCAAAUCGAAGACAUUAUUCGUCGACAUGUCGAGAGGAAACCUCGGCUACUAGACCUCUCUUGUUUGGUUUGUUCCUUUUGGAAAUUGAUUAUCCCGAUAUAGUACAUAGCUGCAGCAGUGCAUCAUUUAUACUCUCAUUCAUAUUCUACUUGUAACCAUUUACCACAAACCGAGGCGCUCGUACUGAUUUGCGACUUUCACUUUCACGCCCAGCUUCUGGGCGGCGUACGCUGCCCAGUGUGGGUUGCGCAUGAGCUCACGAGCGAGGAAGAUGACAUCAGCUUUGCCAUCUUUCAGGUACCCUUCGGCAAGAACGGGGUCUGAAAUCAGGCCUACAGUGCCGACAAGGAGCUUGGGGUGCGCCUUCUUGAUUGCUUCAGCGAACGGGACCUAGGGAGCGGUAGACUGGAUGAGUGGAUGGGGUGAAUGAGAAGGGGGUAGCAUGCCUGGUAUCCGUGACCGAGGGUGAUCUUCUGUUUCUCCCAGUUGCCGCUCGUGCUCACGUCGAGCAGAUCGAUCGCGCCUGAGCUGACCAGUUUGUCGACCCAGGCGUUGCUCUGCUCCAGCCCCCACUGCAACCACGUUCCGUCCUCAGACUUUUCGGGUCCCUCGGCCCAGUCUGUGGCACUGAUGCGCACAAAUAGAGGCUUGUCUUUCCACGCUGCGCGGACGCUUUCGAUAAUGCGGGUUGGGUAACGCAGUCGGUUCUCCAGCGAUCCACCGUAUUGAUCCGUGCGGUUGUUGGAAAGCGGGGAGACGAACUCGUGCAUCAGGUAUCCAUGGGCAGCGUGCAGCUCGAUGAAGUCAACUAAUGGGCCGGCCCAAUCAGUUCUGACGAGGGAGGGCUUGGUGCAGAGGGAUUUCACUGACAUCCGAUCGUCUCGCAUCGCCUGGCAGCGGUAACGAACGCAUCCUCGACAUAUUUGAGGUCCGCUUCCGACAUGGUCUUGGGUUCAGGAUACGUUUUAGAGUAAGGAAUAUCACCCGGGCCGUAAACUGUCGAGCACACGAUCGUGAAUACAGAUUGCCUUUCAAAUACAGAUAAGCACGGCACCUUUGUCGGGCCAUCCAUGCUCGUCAGCUUUGGCAACCCAUGAAGCGCCGUGUCCUGCUUUCUCUUUGAGCCAGGGAGCGUAUGUGGACGCCUUGCGGCCAGCGUGAGCCAGUUGGAUGCCGAUCUUGGUUCCUUGGUUGUGAACGAACUCGACGAUCCGUUUCAGGGGAGCGAUGGAUUCAUCGGACCAGAUUCCCUAAUAAUGGAAGUGGUUCAGAAUGGAAGUUCGACGGUGGACAUCAGGAUGGCGCACAAGAUCCUCCGGUGAUAUCCGGCCUUCUGGGACAACGCUGGCCGCUUCCAUCACGAUCGCGCCAACUCCCCUAGUGGCGAAUCCCUGUUGAAGUCUCAGUACAUGAUGAUCCAGCCGACGUCGUAGUCGGGACUCACGCCGAUGUGAACGAAAUGCCAGUCUGUUGGUGUCCCGUUUUCGUGGUUGGCACUGAGAAGUCAUUCAAUGGGAAGGACUCGAUGAAAUUGCACAUUUGCUCCACUGGCUAGUACAGUAGGACACAUACAACCCAGAUCCGGUUCUUGAAUGUUACGCCUCGAAUAGUCAGAGGCUUGAAGAGUUCAACCUCGGACCCUUCCUGGAUAUCCAAGUCUCCCUAUCAGCCGUGGCCGACAGGAAAGAGGUAGCAUCGCUGCGCACAAGAGGUGUCCCGAUCGGUGGCUCAUUCAGAGGGAUAAAUUCGCGAGCGCCAGGUACAGGUUUGUUGAUGAUCGGUCCAGGCAUGUUGUGGGGUUGGAUGUGAGGUAUCUAGUCAAGGUUGACUUCUCUAUAUAUAGUCUCUGCUUGGAGGAGGAUUGCUUACUUUGCCAGUUAGCACUUAGUCAUGACAUCAUUAUUCAUGCCACUUGCGUUGUCGAAGACGCGGUCACGUUACCUCGGGGUUGGAUCGGUCCAUGAUAUUGGUCCUUCGUAUCUGCUCGUGGGAACGCGCCCUGCCCAUAUGUGCAGAUCUGGGGUUUUCUCAGUCCCACUGUAUUUAUACCAGGUUGAACUUGCCUCGCCAGGUGUCCUGCUGACUGACGCGCGAUUUGAAGCGGAAGCUUCCUAUGACGUCACCGAUGGGACAAAGUCGCUUCGACGACACCCAAAAGAGUCAACGAUGUCCCACAUUCCCCGACCGAUCCCAGAGAAACUGCGCGAGCUCGAGCCCAGCUCGCAUGCUUUCACCGGAAGUCUCCCUCAUAUAACUUCGUCAUCAGGGAGGGAGUACUACGCGAAACUCGGAUCUAUCGCCGAACGCGAGCAGUAUGAAGGAGAGGCCGAAGCAUUGAGACACAUGGCUUCCGCAGCACCUGGGCUCGCUCCGCAGCUUUUGUCGUUAGGCACGAGGGACGACGGUCGUCCGUGGAUGAUCUCCGAGUACAAGAAUCUGCGCUCGAUCGGUGAUUCUGCCGCGAGGAGGCUUGGAGAGCGACUGGCGUUGGAGAUGCACGCGCACACGAGCUCCAGCGGCUUUGGAUUUGGUAUACCGACGCAUUGUGGACCCACGCGCCUCUCGAAUGGGUGGUUUGAUUCUUGGGAUCAGUGCUUUGCCGCACUCAUCGGCGAACUGUUGGACUAUCUGCGUGCGCAAGGCCAUUUUGCAGCGAUCUGCCAGAAAGGUGAACAAGUGAGGACGAGUGUCAUUCCCAAGCUGCUGGGCGCUCUCGAGUGUCAGCCUGUUCUUCUUCAUGGCGAUCUAUGGAGCGGAAACAUGGGACAGACGAGUGAAGGUGAACCAGUGGUCUUCGAUCCUGCAUCGUAUUAUGGUCACAAUGAAGCAGACCUGGCUAUCGCCCGUAUCUUUGGCGGAGUUCCUCGAUCCUUCUUCGACUCUUACCAUCUCUAUCGGCCCAAGACAGCUCCGGUUGAACAGUACGAGUUGCGCUCGCAUCUCUAUCAGCUAUUCCAUUACCUCAACCAUACCGUCAUGUUUGGUGGCCAUUAUGCCCGUAGCGCAGAGCAGAAAAUGGAUAUCCUCUUGGCUGCGAGCUUGUGAUGAUGAUUCAAGGCAUACCAGAGUACGAUCGACUACCCGUCCCAACAUACAAUGCAGAUCUCUUUUGUGGAAGGAUUCCCGUCUCCGUAAACGACACCGCAACUAGGCAGAUCAAGCAUAUGCCACAGAUCAGUCUGUCUUUGCUACUGAGAGUGUGUUCAGACAUUAAGAAUCAGCCGACCAAAUCAUCCGCACCUCUUGCAUCGCAUUUCUGAUGUAGACGUAUCGCUGCAAGACAUUUCGGACAGUGAUGGGCUUUCGCACGUCUUGGCCAUCGCCGGGAGCUUCUUGGAUGGGAUCGGAAGUUGGCGGGGACAGCAUAGCAUGUCCGGGAGAACUCGUGGGCAAACCUGCAGUCUCCUCGAGCAUCGAGGCGUCCCCAGGCGCAAGUCGAGAAGUGGGUGGUGAGGGAUAAGGAUUAUCAGAUAGCCGUCGGCGUUUCGGAGUGCUUAUAGGCGGGCUGCCCUUGUGAGCGUCGCGUCGCACGCGUUUGUUGGUCUCGACGAUAUGGCUCCCUACUUUCUCCACGACGACGUCCACUGGACCAGACUGUAAGGGCGGUGGAAAAAACGUCACAACACGUCGUUCUGAAUUCGCGGUCAUGCCAGUCUUUCUGCCCUUGCCCAGUAACGGCAGUCGGAACGCGGCGGAAGUCUGGAUGGAUUGCGUAUUGGAUCUGGUGGGCUCGACGAUCUUGCCUUUUCUACGACUGGAAAGGGUGGUCCAUUCCUCGUCCGGGUCAGCAGGGAAAUAGUCAUACGCGUCGCGCUUGUCGGUCCUGGAAGCCUGAACAACAGGCUCGCGCUUGUGCUUGCCACCUGAAGAACGGACAGACGUGCGCGAUUUUUGCUUUGAGAGCGAAGCACGAGGGAUUGACGCAGGACUAGGUGGAGAUCGAGCACGAAACAGAGGAUCUGAGGGAGACCGACGAUGGUCGGAGGGGCAGCUAGAAGUUUCUUCAAAUGCAGGGGUUAGCACAGGUCCAACUUGAGCAUGCUGAGCGAAA